AUGUUCUACGACCAGUGCAUGCGUCUAGGCAUCCCGGUUAAGUUUGGCGUGAAUGUCAUUGACUACAUCGAGAAUGCUGCCGAAGGAACAGGCACUGCUGUCACAGCUGAUGGCCAGCGAUUGACGGCUGACAUUGUGGUUGCUGCCGAUGGUCUCGGCACUAAGUCGCACAAAGUGGUCAUGGGAGAAGCAAUCAGAGCCGUUCCCACAGGAUUCGUCAUUUGCCGCAUCUUCUACCGCCUUGACCCGGUGAAGAACAAGAACCUCUAUGAGAAGCUGAUCAAAACAACACGACCUGAUCUCCGCACUCACUCCGGUGACGAUUUCCAUUGCAUCUUUAUCACCGCUAAUGACUCCAUUGUCAUCGCGAUCACGAUGCCGGACGAUGGGACCGCCUCAGAGUCUUGGGCCGAGACCAUUACUGGUGACGAGUUCGUCAGUAAACUACCAGUGACCGAAGGGUGGGAUCCUUUGAUUUUGGAAGGCAUUCGCAACAUCCCCGAGAACAGCAUCGUCAAAUGGCAGCUCUGUUGGCGUGACCCUCAGCCCAAGUGGACAUCGCCCGAGGGUCGGAUUCUUCAGCUUGGUGAUAGUGCGCACGCUUUCAUUCCAUCUUCGAUAUCCGGCGCAUCCACAGCGCUGGAGGACGCUCAAUCUCUUGCGGAAUGCUUGCGGCUUGCAGGAAAGAAGGAUGCGAACAUCGGAACCAAGCGUCUCGGAUUCGCCAAUCGACGAGAGAUGCACCGCAAGGGUGGUUUUGAAGAGGUUAUGAAAUCUGCAGCAAAGGGCGGCCCGAUGGGACUUGGUAAAUGGAUAUGGACUCACGACCCUGCGAAGUACGCCACUGAAAAGUUUGCCGAAGGCCGCAGCCAUCUCGAGAAUGGCACUCCCUUUGAGCACACAAAUCUUCCGAAAGGGUUCAAAUGGGAACCCAACUGGACCAUGCAGGAGGAGACUGAGAAAGAGAAACAGGGGAUUCACACCCCUGACCUGAAAAUGAAUGGUGACUGGAGCAUCUACUAG